UUGAAUGAAGAAACCGGUGAGAUUUCUGUUGGACCAGAGGGACUGGAUAGAGAACAAAUGGAAUCCUUUGAACUCCUUAUUGAAGUGGUUGAUGGUGGAAGGCGGGAGUCUGGAAGGAGCGGUUCAUCCCAUCAACUCAAUUGGAGUUCGGUAAAUACUCGAAAUACAGCCCAGGCCACUGUGCAGAUUAAUAUUCAAGACGAGAAUGAUAAUCCGCCUAAGUUCAUCUUCCCUAAAAGCGAUUCGCCGCAUCACUGGCUUUUCGUCGUUGUCUUUAGAGCUGGACAUCGAAUCAGAUGGGUCUUCUCCAUUUCCUCCUUUGUCGCAAAUGAUUCGGACAAAGGUCAAAAUGCAGAGUUGGAGUAUUCCCUUCGUUUUGACAACGAGACAGAGCAACUGAUAGAUAAGAAACGACAGGAACAAAACAAAACCACCAUCAUGUCCGAUGCCCCCUGGUUCGAGAUCGAACCGCGAUCUGGGGAGAUCAGUCUGGUUGCUGUAGAUGAACUCCUUUCCACAUGUCAUACUGAGAAGAGGUUAAAGAAGGAACUGGGAAGAUUUGGUCUCAUCGUUAGUGCAUCUGACAAAGGAGAACCAAGGCUCACUGCCACUGCGCCCGUGCAAGUUCGGUUCACGACUUCCAAUUUGGAUCAAACAGAUGCAGUAUGUUUGACUUAA